AUGGAUUUCAAAAAUCAGGACAGUAUCCUAGAUCUUUUCACUUGCUUAAGUUCGAAAUCUACGACUGUCAUGGUAAAAUUAUAUAAAGAUUGGAGAAAACUAUAUAUANGUGUUGAGCUAUUAUCCUUCCACCCCUGUGCUCAAGUUCCAGAGCAUGGUAACGAGAAGCAAACACUUAUGUUCUCACCACCAUUAGGAAAUUUCGUAUUGAUGCGUUAUCAGGCACUUUGUGGUAUGCGGCCUCCGAUCAAGGGUUUUUAUCAGCUUUCAAUGGUUUCAGAAAAUGAAGGUGCUUUUUUGUUUAGGUUACGGCUCAUGGAAGGUUAUAGAGCUCCUCUGUCGAUGGAUUUCUGCACAGUGACAAUACCUUUCCCUAGGAGAAGGGUGCUUUCUUUUGAAGGGACACCUUCUAUUGGAACAGUUUCAGUUGCUGAACACUUUGUUGAAUGGAAAAUUAUAACAACCGGUCGAGGAGUAUCUGGAAAGAGUGUUGAGGCAACAUUUCCAGGGACAGUAAAGUUUUCUCCAUGGCAACCUCAAAGAUUGCCUUCCUUAGGGGCAGUACUUGGGAAUAUGGAAGAUGAAGAGAGUGAUGCCGAAACAGAGUCGACGAAUAAUAUGGCGAAUGUGGAAGACUUUUUAAUGGAGAAAAUGAAUAAGGAUCUUCAAGCAGUUGAUUUGGAGGAGCCAUUUUGCUGGCAAGCAUACGAUUAUGCUAAAGUAAGUAUUCUGUAUAGCAACUUUAGUUGUAAUGUUUCCUCUUUCAUGGAUUAUUUUGAUGUGAGCUGUCCAGACAGCUAA